AAUCGUGGAGAACGUGAAGAACGGCGGGCAUCCAGCGUUCCGGCCGAGCACGGAAGACGAGGCAGCGGCGGAGGAGGAGGUGAUGCAGAUGAUGAAGAAAUGUUGGGCCGAGGAGUGUAUGGAAAGACCUGACUUCCAGCAACUCAAGACCAUCAUACGAAGACUCAACAAGGACAACGAGUCUGGUAACAUCCUGGACAACCUGUUGUCACGUAUGGAACAGUACGCCAACAAUCUGGAAGCGCUGGUGCAGGAGCGUACGGCAGACUACCUGGAGGAGAAGCGACGGUGUGAGGAACUACUCUACCAGCUCCUCCCCAAGUCUGUGGCCAGUCAACUGAUCGCAGGGAAGAGCGUAGUGGCAGAGACUUAUGACUGUGUCACCAUCUACUUCAGUGAUAUUGUGGGAUUCACUGCUCUCUCAGCACAGUCCACGCCACUGCAGGUUGUUGACCUGCUAAAUGACCUCUACACCCGUUUUGAUGCCAUCAUUGAAAAUUUUGACGUAUAUAAGGUGGAAACCAUUGGUGACGCGUACAUGGUGGUUUCUGGACUGCCAGUGAGGAAUGGCACUCUUCACACUCGGGAGAUCGCCAGCAUGUCCCUGGCACUGCUGAGGGAGGUGGAGACCUUCACCAUUAGACACCGUCCUGAGGACAAGCUCAAACUGAGGAUCGGCAUGCAUACAGGUCCCUGUGUGGCUGGAGUGGUGGGACUCAAGAUGCCGCGGUACUGUCUCUUUGGCGACACUGUUAAUACUGCCUCACGUAUGGAGAGCAAUGGACAACCGCUGAAGAUUCAUGUAUCACCAACAACCCAGAAGAUGUUAGCUGAACACUACCCAUCAUUCAUCCUCGAGUUACGUGGGGAGGUCGACAUGAAGGGGAAAGGAAGAAUGAACACGUACUGGUUACUUGGAAAACAUGAAACAGACUGUUAAAGAAACAAUGGCUCAUCUUCCUCAGGCUCCAAGACUUUUCUUACUUCCAAGACCUCAUCCUCAAGACAUUUUAAUAUUGUAUGUUAAGAAUCUCGCCAAUUCUGCCAGCCCACAUUACUUUCCGCUGAAGAACUUGCCUAAACCCCACUGCUCAGAACUUCAUACUUCGUUCUAUCUUACACUUGUACACACAGUUCUUAACGUAUGUACAGCCUCAGCAGUCACUACUGUAAAUUUACUAACACUCCCCCACAACAUGUACAUUAAUAACUCAUAAGCCUUUUUUUUUUAACGGUGGUGAGGCUUUACCGUCUUACCUCACAUAUAUUUCUACGCAACACUUGAACUAUGAGAAACACUAAUGGUACCAUUUUAGUAGGAAAAUCAUACAUAUAUGUUUGAUAUUAAUUGUCCCCCUUAUUUAUUACUUGUAACAAUUAAAAAAACGUUCUAAAAGGCUUUGACACUAGUCUAAAUGGUUGCUAUGAUAUAAAUAACUAUUUUUAUCAUGUAUAUACUCUGCAGAUGAAAGUUAUUUAAUUUUGUAAUGAAUUACAAAGGAAGUUUUUCUUUUAUGUAAAUUACCUCUCAUUGAAAAUACAACUUAUCAGUGGAAAUUAAAAUACAGUAACUUUAAGUAUAUACUGCUUUGUGUCCCCAGUUUUUUAAGCUACAACUUUUCUUGCUAAAUAUGAUAUACGGUUAAGGAAUACUGACGACUUUUAAAAUCUUCAGAUCCACUUUUUUUUAUAAAUAAACAAAAACCUAAGGUUAAUGUUAAAAACAUUAAAAGUAUGGCAAUAAUAGACAUAAACAGAGGCCUUUUUAACUACUUAAAAGUUGGCAUAUGAAAUUGCUAGGCCAAAAUAAAACUCCAAGGCUAUAUACACAGUAAGUUUAUUCAGGUACACACAAAUACAGUUACAUAGAUUAUCAUACAUAGACAGAGUGACUUAUUCCCAUUGGGGUCUUUUUAGUUAUUUACAUUAGUUAUUCCAUGGUUUCUCAGUGUUUAUACGCUGCAAGUUUAAUAAUUAUUGUAGAUAUUCUUGACUGGUGGUGAACAGGUCAAAUGCUGCCUUAAUGACCUUCGUGUAAUCAAUAUGAUUUAAAAUUGAAAACAAACUUCAGACAUGUAUACAAAGGUUAGCUGAUAUUCUUAUAUCCAUCACUACAAUCAUUAUGUCUACUUCGCCUGCCAUCUUCAUGGAGUAGAUAGACACCUACCAGGGGUGGGAGAGAAAAACUCACAUUAACAUUUUAUAUCUUACAGUCAAGAUUCACAAUCAGUGAUAAUGUUAUCUUACAAUCAAGAGUCAAAAUAACACAAUGGUAAUCUAUCUUACAAUCAAGAGCCACAAUAACACAAUGGUAAUCUAUCUUACAAUCAAGAGCACAAUAACACAAUGGUAAUUUAUCUUACAAUCAAGAGCACAAUAACAAUGAUAAUCUAUCUUACAAUCAAGAGCCACAAUAACACAAUGGUAAUCUAUCUUACAAUCAAGAGCCACAAUAACACAAUGGUAAUUUAUCUUAAAAUCAAGAGCCACAAUAACACAAUGGUAAUUUAUCUUAAAAUCAAGAGCCACAAUAAGUGAUAAUACUAUCUUACAAUCAAGAGCCACAAUAAAUGAUAAUACUAUCUAACAAUCAAGAGCCAUAAUAACAAUAGCAAUUUAACAAUCAAGAGCCACAAUAGCACAAUGGUAAGCUAACAAUCAAGAGCCGCAAUAACACAAUGGUAGUCUAACAAUCAAGAGCCACAACAAUGGUAGUCUAACAAUCAAGAGCCACAAUAACACAAGGUAAUCUAAAAAUCAAGAGCCACAAUAAGUGAUAAUACUAUCUUACAAUCAAGAGCCACAAUAAGUGAUAAUACUAUCUUACAAUCAAGAGCCACAAUAAGUGAUAAUACUAUCUUACAAUCAAGAGCCACAAUAAGUGAUAAUACUAUCUUACAAUCAAGAGCCACAAUAAGUGAUAAUACUAUCUUACAAUCAAGAGCCACAAUAAGUGAUAAUACUAUCUUACAAUCAAGAGCCACAAUAAGUGAUAAUACUAUCUUACAAUCAAGAGCCACAAUAAGUGAUAAUACUAUCUUACAAUCAAGAGCCACAACAA